GACAAAAAUUUUCAUUUGAAUUUCUAAAAUCGUAAAACAUGGCAGGCCUCCUUAGUUUGUGAAUAAAUAAAAAUAUAUCAAUAUAAAAUGGAGGACGAGGAGUUUGUAGGUUGCAUCAGUUGCAUGAACACAAAUGAUUUAUGCGACCUAUUUGCUUUGUACGCGGAGAACACGGAGACUUAUGCAAAAAUGUUUGAAACCUGUUUCGAUAUUAAGGUGCCAAAUAACCUAAAAUACAUUUGUUCUGAAUGCGUGGAGAACUUGGAAAAAUCGAUGGCUUUCAAACAUCAGACUACGAAGAGCCUGAAUAUGCUACAAAAUGUUAAAGAUGAAGAGUAUCUUGAUGAGUCAAUUUUGGAAGAAGCCGAAAGCAGUAACAAUGAGAAGAAAAUGGAGAUUCUAAAGUCUACUUCGGAUGGAGAGGAUGAAGAAAUGGAUGACUUGGAUGAUGAGCAUGCGAUCCAAGCCCUGGACGAGACCACCUGCAUCUACUGUGAUCUCCAACUGGCUACGGUGGAAGAUGUCCAUGAUCAUAUACGGACAGUUCAUGAGCUGGAGCCCAGGACUGGACUCCCGCUCAGGGAGUGCUCCUUAUGUGGAGUCGCUUUGAGGGACCCUGCUGAUCAUCAUAACAGGUGUCAUGGUGUCAAAUCGGACCCGGAGGGUCGUAAAUACCCGUGUCACUUUUGUGACAACAUUUACGUGAGCAAGAAGGCUUGCUUCACACAUUUACGGAUGAAGCAUGGAUUGAAACUCUGCAAUGAACAAACUCCAAAAUAUGUGCCGAGAGAACGCAAGAAAUGUCAUAUGUGCAACAGAGACUUCAGUCAGAAGCAAAUUCUUAAUAAACAUCUUUGGAAAGCCCAUGGAUUUGAGGUGGAAAAGAGAAAAGCAUUUAUAUGUCCCCUGUGUGACGAGAGAGUGAGUUACGGAUCCAACUUCAGCGCUCAUCUCUUACACGCGCAUAGGGUACAUGAGCAAGUGGAACAACUGGAGUUUCAUAAUAUGGACGAUUUCAUGAUAUUCAAAAGCGCUAUUCAAGAAGAGACGAAGUAUAGGUUCCGAAAGACCACUGCAAGCAAGCAGACCAUAGAAGGAGUCAGGUCUCAUUACAUGUGUAGCCAAUCUGGAGUCUACGUGUACCAGGGGAAGGGCAAACGCCCUGCUCCGGAAAGACAAAUUUACAAGACGGGAAAGGCAUGCCCCGCUCAUAUGAUAGUGACUGAAACUAUGGAUCGAGUGCUUGUUACGUUUUACAAAACCCACGUAGGACAUGGGCCCUGUCCCUAUUUCGAACCGAGAGAGUCGAAAAAAAUGAAAUCGGAGCCUCAUGCCAGCACAUCCAUUGUCAUGGAUGAUGCCUUAAAGGCUCAAUUGGAGCCCAAGGAUGAAGGGGAUGCGGCAGAGGAGUCCUGUUUGAUGUGUGAUGCCUGUGGCAUGUCUUUUGGUGACUCUGACAAGUUUAGAGACCAUGUCGCCACACAUGGUCUGGAGUUAUUCCCGUGCCAAUACUGCGAUGAUGAUUUUCAGAAUCUGGACGCUUGGACUCGCCAUGUACGGUUAGAACACAACAUGGGUAGUUUAUUUUAAAAAGAAAGUAUUUUUAUAAUAACUAUCGUGUAUCCUUUACUCACGUAAAUUAAUCGAGAAAAGCUCUACUAGUUUCGAGUCAGAGGUGUUAUCCGGAGCUGCGGACUACCUAGCGGGUUUACCGGGGCUCCAGCUCGAAAAGCAGGAGUAGGAACGGGGUGGUUUUUAGUCAGUAAGAGUCUGACACUCCCUCUCGCCUUGCCCAGGGCAGGAGAAGUCAUUGGAUAAUUUCCCCCCUCAAAAAAAAAAGGCUGAGUGACGUCGCCGCGUCUGCGCACGCUGCUUAUAAUGAAGAGUCCCUCUGUGACUCGAAAUUAGUAGAGCUUUUCUCUAUUAAUUUAUUUGAGUAAACCGUGAUUUUUUAGUUUAAAAAAGUAAAUAGUAAUAAUUAAUAAUAUAGUUUUCAUUGAUUUGGGUCAAAUAACCCUAAUUUUUAUUAUAAUUCAAUUUGACUAUCUAUUUUAUAAGAUAAUGCAAGAAAUUCAGUUUUGUCAAAGAAGGAGAUUUUUUUAUUUAUAAAUGUAAACUAAUGAAGUCAUGAUUUUUUUUUAUUUUAAACUGAAAAAUAA